UUUAAUUAAUGUUACAGAGUUAAAAUAAUAAUUUAAUUGAAAUGGAUGAAAUAGACUACAAACUUAAAACUAAUAACAAUAUAUUAAUAUCUAGUGCAAUAUCCAAGCUCGUUCUUGCUAUUAAAAACAUUGAGUCGUCCGAAAAGGCAAAGACUUCUGCAGAAUUCAAGCUUCUACAAGAGUCAUGCAUGUCAUCAAAUCCUUUACUAAGUAUUACUUCUUGCCAUGGAAUGAUGAUUCUUGCACAGGAUGGCGCGUUGGAGUUCAAUUACAUAGUUUCUACUAUUUUAUCAUCAGCUCUAUCAUCCAAAUUUUACAGUGGAGUGAUUUCAGCUCUAGGGCAACUACUUAUAAUGGAUAUGAAAAAUAAGAUUAAAAACUCAGUUGAUGAAGAUUAUGUAAAUCCCUUCAAUAUAAAUUCUUCUCAGCAUCCGUUUGUGACAAUUCUUAUGAAAAGAGAAUGUGCCUGGAAUGACAUCUUAAACCAGAUAGAUACUAUUUUGAACGAUGAAACUUUAGAAUCUAAACAUCAAAUUGAAUUUCUUCGGCCAGUUCUUCUUCAUAUUUUAAUAAAUACAUUAAAUCCAACAGAAAAUAAAAACCGGCUGCAAGUUUGGAAGUUAUUAUUAAGAGAGCUAAACAGUACACAUGUCCAAAAAAUUAUAAUAGAAACUUUAAUGUGGAGUAAGAUUGAAUUGGAGUCCAACAGUUCAUUUAUAAGUAUACUGUGUAUUGAGCUUUUAGAGAGGGCAAUUUUACUUGAUUUACCUCAACUUUACAUGCCAAUUGUGCCAUAUUUGAUAUCAUUGGUACCAAACUUGUUAAAAUUGGGGGUUGACCCUAAACCAACAAUAGUAAUAAUAUCAAAAGUUCUUCAAGAAAAAAAAUCUUUAAUUGCUGUUGAUCAUAUUUGUAUGAUAUUGGCUGAAAGUAUUAGUAUAUGUCCCUCAGUUUAUUUACAUGAUCUUAUUCUAUUAUGUGAUAAUAUACUGCAUGUGGAAUCAGUGAAUUUUAUUGCAGUUCACACUUUAGUGUCAUCAAUUUUACAGUGGAUGGCAUAUUCUUCAUGCCUAACAACAACUUCCUUGAAGAAAGCUUUAGAACUUAAACAGUUUAUUGAAGUUUAUAGUCACACUACCAGUAAAAAUGUUUCUGAUGAUUAUCCAUUGUUUCAAACAAUAAAACAUUUUUCUGCUACUUUACUAAAAUAUGAUGAAUUAGCUGAAAUAUCAAUAAUUUUCCAGAAAGAUACAUCUGCACUGAAUAAUUUUUUAGAUAAUCUAAUUCAGAAUAAUAAUAGGUCUUUUCUAUACGAAAUUCGUACCUAUUUAUUUGGAAUAUUUGUUUGUAAUUUUGAUGGAGACGUUAUUUUAAAAGCAUUGAAGUUAUUAUUAAGUGGGUUAAAAGAAAAUAAUAGAUUAGCAUUGAGUUUAUUGACAUUAGUGCUUUAUAAGCUUUCUCACGAAUGUAAUGUUAAUGUUCAAAUUGAGUUAUUACGAUCUUUACCUGAAAUGGCUAUUAUUAAAGAAAAUAUACCAUUAAUAGUCCAUACUAUAUCCUGUUUGAAGAAGGGUCCCAUAUCAUUACAGAGUCUUUGUAUUGAUUUGCAAAUGCGACUUUGUAAUGUUGAUAUAAGAUGUUAUCCAUACCUACAAGAGUCACUAGUAGAAAAAUAUACAGAUACUUCUAGCAAAUGGUACAUAGAUAUAGCAAAAGCAGUUGCUAUUAGAGAACUUUGUUUGAAUAGACCAGAGCAUCAUGGUUCAGAAUUAGUAGCACAUAUAUCACAAUUAUUGAAUCGUUGCACAGAUACAAGAAGUGCAUUUCCAGCAUCUAUUGCAUUAGAAUCAAUUUCUUACUUAUGUAAGGCUGGAGUUGUGGAUAUUGUUAGUACAUGGCAAGCUUUAUCUCCUAGAUUAAAUAAUGAGAAAAGGCCACGUGUCAUUGUGAGCCUUUGCAAACUAUUUGGGAUGGUUCCAUUAUUGAAUUCAGAUUUAAUCGAACAUCAGAAUUUAACUGAAGAAAUUAUUAGUAAACUCUGGUCAUAUGUUACUGACUAUAAUGAAAAAGAAAUAAUAGAAAGUGCUUUAGAAGCCUUGUCUACAUUUUCAAUAGAGGAUAUUCAAUUAAAAGAUAUACCAGAAGAAUUUAAGCAAAAUAUUAAAUUGCUAAAUAUUAAUAAACCAUCACAGGAUAAUCCCGAAAAAAAUGAAGAAGUGUUAACUUUUGUGCCGGGUGAAUGUUGGAUAAGACUUCUGCAAAAUAUUAAUAGGCUAUGUAUUCAUAAAGCAAGUGAUUUAAUUAGUAAAUGGAUGUCUUCAGAAAUUUCACAAUACCGUAGCGGCAUAUACAGAGUUACAUCUGGUAAAGGAGAGCCAAAUGAUUGUUCUAACUUGCCUUUAAAAAGUAUUGUGCGAGCUGUUAUUGAAUAUGUCCUAGAACAAUCCAAAAAGAAUUUUGAUAAUGAACCAGUAUUAGAACACUGUUUAUAUAUACUGAACAAAAAUUAUGAUAAGCCUUUGCCACCUAUAAAUUGGUGUUGCCUUCAUGAUCUGUAUCAUCAUAAUGAACUAUAUAGAGUAUACUGCAUUAAUAUAGCUUCAAAACAAAUGGUUAUAUCAGGUUCAGCUAAAAGAUUUAUUGAAAAUUAUUUGAAUGAUUUUGAUCCCGAAAACAUUAAGUUUGAAGAAAUAGUAAGCAUAUUUAAAAAUUUACCAAACUUCUGUAAGUUUCUUCAACCAAACGCUUUGAAAAAGGUCAUUGUCAAUACACUAAAUUUUUCACUAGAUAAAGCAUUAUCUAAUAAUGGAAAUGAAAGUGAUGAUAAAUUAUUUGAACAAUUGCUUGAACAUAUCAGAAUGACUUUAAUAUCUGAGGAUAUUCAGGACGACAAUAGAGUUAUGGUAGCACAAACCAUUGAAAUGUUAGUAGAUAAAAUCCAUCAAGAUGAUAAGUUAUUUACAAGUCUUACCAAUUGUUGUCUAGAACUACCAAUUUUAUAUUUUGAUCGCAUUUCAUCUCCUACUAUUUGGUGGGAAACCUCAGCAACUAAAUUUUGCAAAGCAGUGAUCAUUCGAUCAGCAAUGUCAGUAAAGCACAAAAAUGAUGAAAAAGCUUUAAUUUGGCUGAAUGAUAUUAUUGAUGCUGGUGUUUCUGAAUCCAAUGAACAACAAAAUUAUAUUUUAAACAAAAUAAUAUCAGUCAUGCAACAAAGGCAUGAUGAAACUUUGUUGCCAGUAAACUGUGAUUGGUGUUUGGAGCUGAUGGGACAAACACAGGCAGAAUUAGUAAAGUUGAAAAAUGAUAAAUCAAACACUCCGCCUAAGAAUGGCUUACACUUCUUAUGUGAUGUGCUUAUGGUGACUUUAGAAUCUUUGAGUGGUGCUUUUUACUUAGUAUCAAAUAAACCAAUAGAUUUUUCUAUUAAAUUCAAAUUGUUUCCAGUAGCGAUUAGUAUUCUUAGUAAACAAGCUCGAUGGAAAGAUACAAUAGAACAGGUCAUUGAAUGGCUGUAUUUCAUGACAUUGUCAACAAUGAUAGCACCAAAUUAUCUAAACGCUUUUCAAAAAGCUCUUAUUGCUUCUAAAUCACAUGAAACAUUUGGAAAAAAACAUCUUUGGAGUAAAGUGAUACAAGAAAGUUACUUCAAGAUUCGUUAAAUACAU